AUGAAAGUGCUUGACCUACUAACGGUACUCAGUGCCUCUUCAUUAUUAUCUACAUUCGCGGCUGCCGAAAGUACUGCUACUGCAGACAGUACAACUGCAGCUUCUAGCACUGCUUCGUGUAACCCGUUAAAAACUACAGGUUGUACGCCGGAUACAGCUUUGGCAACUAGUUUUAGCGAAGAUUUCUCAUCUUCAUCCAAAUGGUUUACCGACUUGAAGCACGCAGGUGAAAUCAAGUACGGUUCAGACGGUUUGUCAAUGACACUGGCGAAAAGAUACGAUAAUCCAAGUUUGAAGUCUAACUUUUAUAUCAUGUAUGGUAAAUUGGAAGUUAUCUUAAAAGCUGCCAAUGGUACCGGUAUUGUUUCAUCAUUCUAUUUACAAAGUGAUGAUUUGGAUGAAAUUGAUAUUGAAUGGGUGGGUGGUGACAACACUCAGUUCCAAUCUAACUUCUUUUCUAAAGGUGAUACCACAACAUACGACAGAGGCGAAUUUCACGGUGUCGACACUCCUACCGACAAAUUUCAUAACUACACUUUAGAUUGGGCGAUGGACAAGACGACUUGGUACCUCGAUGGAGAGUCUGUCAGAGUAUUAUCAAACACAUCAAGUGAGGGUUACCCACAAUCUCCUAUGUACCUAAUGAUGGGUAUCUGGGCCGGUGGUGACCCAGACAAUGCUGCUGGUACCAUUGAAUGGGCUGGUGGUGAAACCAACUACAAUGACGCUCCAUUCACUAUGUACAUUGAAAAGGUCAUUGUAACUGAUUAUUCUACCGGUAAAAAGUACACAUAUGGUGACCAAUCUGGUUCUUGGGAAUCUAUUGAAGCUGACGGUGGUUCUAUUUACGGCAGGUAUGACCAAGCCCAAGAAGAUUUCGCAGUUUUAGCCAACGGUGGUAGUAUUUCCAGCAGCUCUACAUCCUCUUCUACUGUAUCUUCCUCGGCGUCUUCCACUGUAUCUUCCUCGGUUUCUUCCACUGUGUCCUCCUCGGCUUCUUCCACUGUGUCUUCCUCGGUUUCUUCCACUGUAUCUUCUUCGUCUUCUGUAUCUUCCUCUUCAUCCACAUCUCCAUCUUCUUCGACCGCUACUUCAUCUAAAACACUUGCUUCCUCAUCAGUCACCACAUCUAGUUCCAUUAGUUCAUUCGAAAAGCAAUCCUCCUCUUCAUCCAAGAAAACAGUGGCUUCCUCUUCUACAAGUGAGUCCAUUAUUUCCUCCACUAAGACCCCAGCCACUGUUUCCUCUACCACUAGGUCUACAGUUGCCCCAACUACUCAACAAUCUUCCGUAUCAUCGGACAGUCCUGUACAAGAUAAGGGUGGUGUCGCAACAUCAAGUAAUGACGUGACCAGUUCUACUACCCAGAUAUCAAGCAAAUACACAUCUACAAUCCAAAGUUCUUCCUCCGAAGCCAGCUCGACAAACUCUGUUCAAAUUUCUAACGGUGCUGAUUUAGCUCAGAGUUUACCAAGAGAGGGAAAACUUUUUUCCGUACUCGUAGCUUUACUAGCCUUGCUAUAA